GUUGACGCACAUCUCAGCCCGCCCCACUCAGUCCAGCCAGCCCGCACGCACGCACCUGACCUCGCCGCCGUUGCCUCCGACCACCGCCUCCGUCCCCGCACCGGCUGGCGCCCCACUCGCGGAUGUCCGUGCACCGUGCUGCUCCCGUGCUCCGCCUCAACCUCUGCUUGCCGUCGCCUCCCGUCCCCGCGUGCCGCCGCGCCCACUCGCCGACGGUCUUCGUCCCGCCGUCGCCUCCCAUCACAUCCCAGCUCCCGUCCCCGCCUUCCAUUCCCAGCGCCUGACUCUGCCUCCCAUCCACGUGAUCCCUCUUUCCAUUCAGGCAGCGUGCGCUCCAUUACCGGCAUCUGCUACUGAAUCUGCCUCCCUAUUCGCGCUUCCCGUUCCUCUCCCGUACGGACGCGCGCAAGCGAGAGGCACACCUUCCGACGAACAGCUACCGGCAGCCAGCGAAAGAAGCACGCCCGAGAGAGCAAGGUCUGUGAUAUGGAAUUUCUGAGUAGCAGAGAGAAUAUGGAAUCAAUCUUCAGGAAAUGAAGUAGCAGAAUCGGCUGCAGGUGCAGGCAGAGCCCCAGCCAGCGAUUCGUUCUUUGCCGGAGAGGUGGCGAUCCAGCAAACAGGACAAGAACAGAUUUGUCUUUCUGAAAGGAUAUCUGUUCUGUAUGUGCAAAGACAUCCUUGAAAAUUAUCAUCGAACCAAACUAGUACUAGCUUAUGGUAUUAUCAAAGAUCCAGCAACUUCGGUAUAACCGAUCAAAUUCCUUGUGGGCGAGACAUAAUAGCACAAGGAGGCAUGAAGGGCGUGGGAAAAAACCCGAUCAUAUGUCAAACGAAGUGGAGAAAGGUAGCCUAUGGGGGAAUGCAGCCAGGAUAUGAUGACAACUACACCGAUGACUCCUUCCUUGAGGAGAUGGUUAUGAAUGCCAAUGUUGUCAAGAGGGAUUUCCUGAGAGUGAUGGUCGACUCGGUCUCCAUUUCCCAGUAUCUCUGCAUCGUUGCUCUUGUGGUUUCGACGUGGACACAUACACUGAAUUUGGCCAUUGAUGAGAUAACCCUUUUGAAAUUCGAUAUUGGUCUCGUGCUUGUUGGUUUCUUGGUCCUCUUGCUCACAACGAGUCCAUUCUCGCUGAAGCUACUCUCAAGAUAUGUCCUCAACAUAUCAUUCUUCACCAGUGGCCUCUAUGUUUUAGCACCAAUCUGUCAUACCCUCACUAGGUCCAUCAGUUCGGAUUCAAUCUGGGCACUUGCUGUGUUCCUUCUGCUGGUUCAUCUCUUCUUGCAUGAUUAUUCUGGUUCGACUAUAAGACCUCCAGGUGCACUCAACAACCCAAAGUUGACCAGCAACAUCUCCUUAAACGCAUCGAUAGUAGCAUCUGUUCUUGUAGCUUCGCGUCUGCCAUCUUGGCUGCACGUCUUUGCUAUCAUGCUCUUCUCCUUGCAGGUCUUCCUGUUUGCGCCACUGGUUACAUUUUGUAUCAAGAAGUACUCCUGUAGACUCCAUCUGCUGUUCUCCUUUGCUCUGAUGGUCAUAACCUUGGGUGUCACGUACCAGUUGCAUCGGAUGCUCUUCAUUUUACUGCUGGCGCUUGUUGUAUUCAUCUCGCUUGUUUGCCCUUACUGGCUUAUCAGGAUUCAAGAAUACAAGUUCGAGAUCAAUGGUCCCUGGGAUGAAGCUAAACUUUGCUUUGAUAUAACAGAAUAAGUCACAUGUGCUGAAGAUUGGGGUUCAUUGUAUCGAUGACUGAUGUACUGCUAGUCUUUGUUGCAAGUUUCCAUGUGUAUGUACAUGCUCUUGACUGCUAGUCUUUGUUGCAAGUUUCCAUGUGUAUGUACAUGCUCUUGACGUAACAUGUUUUGUUACUGUGGUCUAAAUAGGCCUUGUAUUCUGGACUCCAGUGAUGUGUUUUUGUCAUUCAAAGUUCAGGCUUCAGUGUUGGAACUAAAUAACAAAACAUGAAAAUCUUUUGUCAAGUCAA